AUGGACGGCCACUCCCACCCUUGCCACAGCCACGGAGACAGCACGCCUGGCAGUACAACCUAUCCCCCCGAGGACUUUGUCUUCACGCACAUCUUCGACCCUCUCGCCCACCAAGCCCUUCGCCCCGUGCUCACUCGCGCGGUGAUUGGCGAGGACCGUGACUGCAUGGACAUUCUCACUUCGUUUUGCUCGAGGGAGAUGCAGGCCGUUAUCGUCGAGGACCACCCUUGCUCGUGCUGUGACAAGUCGGGCAAGGUGUGCAUUGCCGCCGCCAAGGUUGUCAAGACCUGGCCCAGAGCCAACUGGGCCUUUGCCACUCGCUGCAUCGAGUGCGCGCUCAACCACAAGUUCUGCGACCUCCCCCUCCGCACGCGCACCCUCACGUGCACGUGUGGAUGGAUGAUUCCCGACGCUGAUCGCUCGUCUCUCGAGCGCCGCUCGGACCUCAACAGGUUCUACGCGAAGCAGCUUGGCCUCCCCUUUGAGAAGCGUGCCAAGGGCAAGGUGUUCGGCUGCCUCAUCAAGAAGCUCACCAUGUACAACGACUGGUUCCUCCAGGUAGGUUGUCCUUCUCCAACUCACCUAACAAAACAGCACGCCGAGAUGGGCUACGAGAUGCGUCUCAAAGAGCUCUACCCAGCCAUGUUCGCCCUUGGCCGCGCCGACCUCAUCCGCGACGACGGCCGCUGGAUCCUCCCCUUCCGUACCGACUGGCAGCCCUGCCCUUGCUACCCCGCCUCGCCCUGCUGCGACCAUGAGCACAGGGACUGGUACGAUGACAACGAAAGCGACAUUGAGACCAUUCCUCACAUGGACCGCCCUUCGACUCCCGUCAUUGAGAUAACCGACAAGGGUUUGUGGGAUGCGCUUGUCUGCACCAUGUCCGAGCGUACUACCCGCCGUUACGCCAGUAACAACAAGAACGACGACGGCGAGCCCACUCCUGGCAGCGGUGGCGGUACCGCUCGUAUCGUCACCCUCUGA